UUUUUUUUUUUUUUUUUUUUUUUUUUUUUUUUUUUUCCUUUCUCUUUCGGUUCGGUUUUAUUUCUUUGCGAUUAGCUUCGGUUUGAAUUAACUGUCUUGUUCUGUUCCCAUGACAACUCAGUGUUUGCAUCCCACCUGCCGUUGUUUGUUGCUGUUGAUGCUGUUUGCUGACCGGAUCUUGUCCGGAUAUGUCUCCCCAUCCCUCCUCACCUUUCCCACCUUGCCUCCCCUCUCCAGAAGGUUACAUGCCAGCCCCUCCUCUAGAGAGUCAUCCCCACCCCAGAUUUGUCUGCAUGUUGACCCCACUUGUUUCUUUUCCAAGUUCUCUCCAUCUUGUCUCAGACUGUGACAGGUGUGGUUUUCACCUGGCUCCAUUUUCUGAAUUGUGACCCCUCCAGAAGCAGUGGGAAGAAGGAUGGAGUAGGAAACAGGGAUGUACCCUCAUUUUUAGGGCUGAAAGUCCUCCACAGUCACAGGAGGGAGGAAGGAGCAUGUUGCCUGAUCCUUUGAGACAGUGCUGGUCCCUGAGGUGGUACAAAAACCCUCCUUACACCUUUCUCCAGGUAGAAAGUCACCUUCGAGUGUCAGUGGCCAGGUGAGCUUGCAGUCUCUCCCUCCACAUUCCAAUUCUUUCCCCUGCUGAGGGCAUGCCACCCGUUCUCCCUGCAAAUCCAUGCAUGCAGGAAUUAUCCCCUUCCAUUCCCGAGCUUCUGGUGCCACGAAUCUGGAAGUCUUCUCUUCCUUGCCUCCCAGUACUGGUUCCUGGCUACUGGUACCUGCAGAAAAGAGUCUGACAGCCCGAUGGAGAGACCAGACCUUGCUGUGAAGAUGUCCCUUGUCACCUUGCAGGACAGUGCAAGGGCUGCAGUUGGCUUUUGUUUACCAAAGCCCUCCUAAAAGGCAAACAACCACUACCUCUCCUGGCAGCACCCUUCCCAUUGGAAAAGACCCAUAAAGCUGAGUGACAGCCAGGGAAGUAAGAUAAAUACCAGAAAACCCCGAGACAUCAGUUCCAGGGGACAUCUCAGGACACUGGGACUCGGGAGGAGCGCGGGCAGGCUCAGCUCUGCUGCCCUUUGCUUUGCUUUUGCAUGAGGCGAUGGCCCCUGAGCCCUAGAGAGGUUGUUCUGAAGUUCCCUGGGAACAGGACAGCAGGGACAGGUGGUUUACAGGCCCCCAGCACUCCAAACACUCCUGCCCCCUGGCCCACCCUGCCUGAGGGAGUUCCUGCAUGGCUGUCCCUGAAGCUGGAGGAAUCCUGCACUUCCAUUCCCCUCCAGCUGCUGCUGUUCCUGCAUUUUUCCCGGGUCCAUAUCCUUUUGUCUUUGCCUGUGGGAUGAGACCCUGCCCUCAGCUCCCUCCCCAGGGCCUCUCUGAUCCACACACGUUCUCCUUAGUCCCUUCUCCUGCUUUCCCCCCCCCUCUAAGGAAGGGCACCCACCGUUCCUCCAGCCAGCCCAGGUAGUUCAGAAAAUGGAGCCAAGGAAACCACAGCCUCCCUCUUUGCGUCCAUGUUCUUCCUGUGUAAGGUCUGGAAGCUGCAUCCACCUCUCUGCUAAGGAGAUGCACAGAACAUGUCACUGUUUUCUCAACGUUAAAAGUUUCAUUACCUUGUUUUUCUUAUUAAUUCUAUUCUAUUUAUUAUUCCGCCAGGGCUGAGAUGUGACAAUGUGAGCCACCACAUUGGGUCACAUCAGCUAGAAAAAUUCGCCGUGUGGCCCCUCGCUUCUCCAUCUUACCUGUCAGCCAUGAAAUCAUGCCCGGGGGCAACGUCAACAUCACGUGCGUGGCCGUGGGUUCGCCCAUGCCCUACGUCAAGUGGAUGCAGGGAGCGGAGGACCUGACGCCCGAGGACGACAUGCCCGUGGGCAGGAACGUCCUGGAGCUCACGGACGUCAAGGACUCCGCCAACUACACCUGCGUGGCCAUGUCCAGUCUGGGAGUCAUAGAAGCCGUUGCCCAGAUCACGGUGAAAUCACUUCCCAAGGCUCCUGGGACGCCAGUGGUGACAGAGACAACAGCAACAAGUAUCACCAUCACCUGGGACUCUGGAAACCCAGACCCCGUGUCCUACUAUGUCAUUGAGUACAAGUCCAAAAGCCAGGACGGGCCGUACCAGAUCAAGGAGGACAUCACCACCACCCGCUACAGCAUCGGGGGGCUCAGCCCCAACUCCGAGUACGAGAUCUGGGUCUCCGCAGUCAACAGCAUCGGGCAGGGGCCUCCCAGCGAGUCAGUGGUCACUCGCACCGGGGAACAAGCCCCUGCCAGCGCCCCCCGGAACGUGCAGGGCCGGAUGCUGAGCAGCACCACCAUGAUCAUCCAGUGGGAGGAGCCGGUGGAGCCCAACGGGCAGAUCCGCGGCUACCGCGUGUACUACACCAUGGAGCCCGACCAGCCCGUCAGCAACUGGCAGAAGCACAACGUGGACGACAGCCUGCUGACCACGGUGGGCAGCCUGCUCGAGGAUGAGACCUACACCGUGCGGGUCCUGGCCUUCACCUCCGUGGGAGACGGGCCCCUCUCCGACCCCAUCCAGGUUAAGACGCAGCAGGGAGUUCCUGGGCAGCCGAUGAACUUCCGUGCAGACGCCAAGACCGAGACGAGCAUCGUGCUGACGUGGAGCCCUCCACGCCAGGAGAUCAUAGUGAAGUACGAGCUCCUCUAUAAGGAAGGAGACCACAGCAAGGAGGUGCUGAAGAACUUCGAGCCAACGACCUCCUUCACCGUGGAAGGCCUGAAGCCCAACACUGAGUAUGUCUUCCGGCUGGCCGCCCGCUCGGCUCUGGGCCUGGGGGCCUUCACCCCGGAGGUCCGAGAGCGCACCUUGCAGUCUAAACCGUCUGCCCCCCCUCAAGAUGUAAAAUGUGUCAGCACUCGAUCCACCGCCAUUCUGGUAAGUUGGCGGCCGCCUCCGGCCGAGAGCCAGAACGGCGUCCUGGCUGGAUACAGCGUCUACUAUCGAGCGCUGGACUCGGAGGACACGGAGCUUAAGGAGGUGAAUGAUAUCCCCCCAACCACCAGUCAGAUCCUUCUGGAGUCCCUGGAGAAGUGGACGGAGUACCGCGUCACGGUGGUGGCUCACACGGAGGUGGGGCCGGGCCCGGAGAGCUCGCCGGUUAUCGUCCGCACGGAUGAAGAUGUGCCCAGUGCACCACCUCGGAAAGUGGAGGUGGAGGUCCUGAACUCAACUGCAAUCCAAGUGUUCUGGCGCUCUCCAGUCCAGAACCGCCAGCACGGCCAGAUCCGGGGGUACCAGGUGCACUAUGUCCGGAUGGAGAACGGAGAGGCCCGGGGGCUGCCCCAGAUCAAGGACAUCAUGCUGGCUGAUGCCCAGUGGGAAACAGAUGACACUGCUGAAUACGAAAUGAUCAUCGCUGGGCUCCAGCCGGAGACUUCAUAUUCCAUCACCGUAGCCGCCUACACUAUGAAGGGAGACGGUGCUCGCAGCAAGCCCAAGGUGGUCACCACCAAGGGUGCAGUCCCAGGAAAGCCCAUCCUGUCUGUGCACCAGACAGAGGAGAACACCCUCCUGGUGAAAUGGGAGCCUCCGCUGGAUGCAGAAGGCCAGGUGUUGGGCUACCGGCUCCAGUUUGGCCGCAAGGACGUCGACCCUCUGGCCACCUUGGAGUUCUCGGCGCUGGAGGAUAAGUACACGGCUCACAGCAUCCACAAGGGCGCCACGUACGUGUUCAAGCUGGCCGUGAAAAGCCGGGCUGGCUUCGGGGAGGAAGCUGUGCAGGAACUCACCACCCCCGAAGACAUCCCCAAGGGUUACCCCCAAAUCCUCGAGGCGAGCAACGUCACUGCCAUGUCGGUGCAGUUCGGCUGGCUGCCCCCCGUGCUGGCCGAGCGCAACGGAGCCAUCGUCAAGUACACCGUGGCCUACCGGGAGGCCGGUUCUCCCGGCAACCUGCUGGAAAAAGACCUGCCCCCCUCCCCAGAGAACUCCUACACCCUCAACGGCCUCAAACCCAACACCGCCUAUGACGUUAAAAUCCGUGCUCACACCAGUAAAGGCCCCGGGCCCUACAGCCCGACCGUCCAGUAUCGGACGUUCCAGCUGGAUCAAGUUUUACCCAAAAACUUCAAGGUGAAGAUGGUGACAAAGACAUCCGUCCUUUUGAGCUGGGAGUUCCCUGAGAACUACAACUCUCCUACCCCAUACAAGAUCCAGUACAACGGGCUGCACGUGGACGUGGACGGACGCACCACCAAGAAACUCAUCACCCACCUGAGGCCCCGCACCUUCUACAACUUCGUGCUGAUGAACCAGGGCAACAGCAUGGGGGGGCUGCAGCAGAACGUGGCUGCCUGGACUGCUGCUGACAUGUUGUCCAAGAAGCCAGAGGUGACCCACAAGCCUGAUGCCGAUGGCAACGUGGUGGUGAUUCUCCCCGACGUGAAGAGCUCCGUGCCUGUCCAGGCUUUCUACAUUGUGGUGGUGCCUCUGAGGAAGUCCCGAGGAGGACAGUUCCUCAACCCCUUGGGCAGCCCUGAGGAGAUGGACCUGGAGGAGCUGGUUCAGGACAUUGCCAGGCUCCGGCGCCGGAGCCUCCGUCACUCCCGACAGCUGGACUUCCCCAAGCCCUACAUCGCUGCCCGGUUCCGCUCCCUCCCCUCCCACUUCAUCCUGGGGGACAUGAAACACUACGACAACUUUGAGAACAGAGCCCUGGAGCCAGGGCAGAAAUACGUCAUCUUCAUCCUGGCGGUGCUGCAGGAACCCGAGGCCACCUUUGCUGCGAGUCCCUUCUCCGACCCCAUCCAGCUGGACAACCCUGACCCACAGCCCAUCAUCGAUGGAGAGGAGGGCCUGAUCUGGGUCAUCGGGCCCGUCCUGGCCGUGGUGUUCAUCAUCUGCAUCGUCAUCGCCAUCCUGCUCUACAAAAACAAGCCAGACAGCAAACGGAAAGAUUCCGAGCCGCGGACGAAAUGCCUGCUGAACAACGCUGAGAUCGCCCCCCACCACCCCAAGGACCCCGUGGAGAUGAGGCGCAUCAACUUCCAGACUCCAGAUUCUGGUCUGAGCAGCCCUCUCAGUGACCCUGAGUUUGACUUGGAAAGUAUGCUCAGCCACCCACCCAUCCCCGUUUCCGAGCUGGCUGAACACACAGAGCAUCUCAAAGCUAAUGAUAACCUGAAAUUAUCCCAAGAGUAUGAGUCCAUCGACCCUGGCCAGCAGUUCACCUGGGAGCACUCCAACCUCGAAGUGAACAAGCCCAAGAACCGCUACGCGAACGUGAUCGCCUACGACCACUCGCGUGUCAUCCUGCUGCCCAUCGAAGGAAUUGUGGGCAGUGAUUACAUCAAUGCCAACUACAUCGAUGGCUACAGGAAGCAGAACGCCUACAUUGCCACUCAGGGGCCUCUGCCAGAGACCUUUGGAGACUUCUGGAGGAUGGUGUGGGAGCAGCGUUCAGCUACUAUUGUUAUGAUGACUAAGCUGGAGGAGAAAUCACGGAUAAAGUGUGACCAGUACUGGCCAGGCCGAGGCACGGACACCUACGGGAUGAUCCAGGUGACGCUGCUGGACACCAUCGAACUGGCCACCUUCUGCGUCCGGACGUUCUCCCUUCACAAGAACGGCUCCAGUGAGAAGCGGGAGGUGCGGCAGUUCCAGUUCACGGCGUGGCCCGACCACGGCGUUCCCGAGUAUCCCACCCCGUUCCUGGCUUUCCUGAGACGGGUGAAAACCUGCAACCCCCCUGACGCUGGUCCCAUCGUGGUGCACUGCAGCGCGGGCGUCGGGCGCACCGGCUGCUUCAUCGUGAUCGAUGCCAUGCUGGAGAGGAUCAAGCAUGAGAAGACCGUGGACAUUUACGGGCACGUCACUCUCAUGAGGUCCCAGCGCAACUACAUGGUGCAGACGGAGGACCAGUACAGCUUCAUCCACGAUGCCUUGCUCGAGGCCGUCGCCUGCGGCAACACCGAGGUGCCAGCUCGGAACCUCUACAGCUACAUCCAGAAACUGGCCCAGAUCGAAGCCAGGGAGCACGUGACGGGCAUGGAGCUGGAGUUCAAGCGCCUGGCCAACUCCAAAGCCCACACCUCCCGCUUCAUCAGCGCCAACCUCCCCUGCAACAAGUUCAAGAACCGCCUGGUGAACAUCAUGCCCUACGAGACCACCCGGGUGUGCCUGCAGCCCAUCCGGGGCGUGGAGGGCUCUGACUACAUCAACGCCAGCUUCAUCGAUGGCUACAGGCAGCAGAAGGCCUACAUUGCCACGCAGGGGCCGCUGGCAGAGACCACCGAGGAUUUCUGGCGGAUGCUGUGGGAAAACAACUCCACCAUCGUCGUGAUGCUGACGAAGCUUCGCGAGAUGGGGCGGGAAAAGUGCCAUCAGUACUGGCCCGCGGAGCGCUCGGCACGGUACCAGUACUUCGUCGUGGAUCCCAUGGCAGAGUACAACAUGCCCCAGUACAUCCUGCGGGAAUUCAAGGUCACGGAUGCCAGGGACGGGCAGUCACGAACUGUUCGUCAGUUCCAGUUCACUGACUGGCCAGAACAAGGUGUGCCAAAAUCAGGAGAGGGUUUUAUCGACUUCAUUGGACAGGUACACAAGACCAAGGAGCAGUUUGGCCAGGAUGGCCCCAUCUCUGUCCACUGCAGUGCUGGCGUGGGCAGGACCGGAGUGUUCAUCACCCUGAGCAUCGUCCUGGAGCGGAUGCGCUACGAGGGGGUUGUAGAUAUUUUCCAGACUGUAAAGAUGCUGCGAACACAACGACCUGCGAUGGUGCAAACAGAGGACGAAUACCAGUUCUGUUACCAGGCAGCCCUGGAGUACCUGGGGAGUUUUGAUCACUAUGCAACAUAAAAAGCCAUCGUUGUGCAGACUCUACCGACCACUUCAGUCCUGGAAGGCCUCUUCUGACCCAGGAGGAGCGCUUGAACUUACAAAACUGACUCAGAAGAAGUACCUUUUCAUCUGGACGAUGCAUCGGGGAGCAGGGGGGAGGAUUGGAAGGAACACCCCUUCGGGAACUCCAUGGUGUAACCUGGCCCGCCCAGAGGCAGCUCGGGAGGUGCUUGAGGGGCUGCUUGAAGUGGUGAACUGCUCUUGUUACCUCAAGUGGUGUUCGCUGUGGAGGACGUGUGGACACGGUGGAAACAGAUCCAAAAGCUAAAACACACCUGGGGGAAAACCCGUUUCUUGCUGGAGAAGGGAAGGAAAAAAAAAACAAACAA